GUCGCCCUGGGCUGCGGAUUGGAGGCUGGCGGGAGCGCUGUGCCCGCGUCUGCUUGCAGGCAGGAGCACGUUGGGAAAGCGGCGGGGCGAAGGCGGCUUGGCUCCAGCCUGGGAGGGGCGGUGGGUGGGUAAAGUGCCGCCGCUUGCCGCCGCUUGCUUCAGCCCGGGAGGCUGGCAGGUGAGCCGCGGCAACAACCGAGGUGAUCCGCGGCGAUCGCUCCUUUGGAAACCGAGCGAAAGGCUUUGCGGAGCGGACCGUCUCGCUGGGAAAGUUCUUUCCAGAAAUCCAUGUGGCCAAGAUCCCCACCUUGGACUCUUCAGAAGAACUUUUCAGUCCUGAUGGCUUAUACUAUUAUCUAAUAACAUAAAAAGCCAGGAUUUGACUAUGGGUGAUUCUACAGCUGAGAUUGUUGGCCAAGCCACAGACAUGGAUUGCAAAGAGGCUCAGAUGGAGCUUGCCGAGAGAGUAGCUGCCAUCAGUGUAACUGUUGGUCCCAAUGGAAUUAAACCAAACAGCCAGGAAGCAAUAGAAGAAAGUGUUGUUCUGUUAUCUAACUGCACAGCUGAAAACAACCAAAGGAAUGGGGUCAGUGUUGAUUCAGGCACCUCCGAAGAACUGGAUGACACCAAUGAGUUGCAUGAACCAAAGAAGCUCUCCAAAAGGCCCAUUUUGACUGGCAGGAAGUAUUCCCUUCAAGAAAAGACUACUGGGAAUUACUUGAGUUCCUCUGACCUUCCGGACUUUGGUCCAUAUGCCACGGGACCCUCCACGCAUAUUUCACCAAGGACAGGGAGGAGGCCGACAAUAGAAUCCCACCGAGUCUCCAUCUCAGAUGCUGCGGAUUGUGUGCAGCUGAAUCAGUACAAACUGAAAAGUGAAAUAGGAAAGGGUUCCUACGGAGUUGUGAAGCUGGCCUACAAUGAAAAUGAUGAUCAAUAUUAUGCCAUGAAGGUCCUCUCAAAGAAGAAGUUGUUAAAACAGUAUGGAUUUCCACGCCGUCCUCCACCUCGGGGAUCGAAAACCACUGCAAGUGGACAGAUGAAGCCAAUGGCCCCUCUAGAUCGGAUAUAUCAAGAAAUAGCAAUUUUGAAGAAGUUGGACCAUAUCAACAUUGUCAAGCUGAUUGAGGUACUGGAUGAUCCUGCAGAGGACAAUCUAUACAUGACAUUCGAUCUCCUCCCAAAGGGGCCUGUCAUGGAGGUGCCAUGUGACAAUCCUUUUUCUGAAGAACAAGCUUGGCUCUAUUUCAGAGACAUUGUCUUGGGCAUUGAGUACUUGCAUUAUCAGAAGAUCAUUCACCGAGACAUCAAACCAUCAAACUUGCUCUUAGGGGAUGAUGGACAUGUCAAAAUUGCUGAUUUUGGAGUGAGCAAUCAGUUUGAAGGCAGUGAUGCCCAGCUCUCCAGCACUGCUGGGACCCCAGCCUUCAUGGCCCCUGAAACUAUUUCAGAUUCUGGAAAGAGCUUCAGCGGAAAGGCUCUAGAUGUGUGGGCAAUGGGUAUCACUCUCUUUUGUUUUGUAUAUGGGAAGUGUCCCUUCAUUGAUGAAUUCAUCCUGGCGCUUCACAACAAGAUCAAAAACAAGCCUGUGGAAUUUCCAGAAGAGAUCAAGAUCAGUGAGGAACUAAAGGAUCUGAUUCUGAAGAUGCUGGAAAAGAACCCUGAAUUGAGGAUAACUGUUCCUGAAAUUAAAGAACAUCCAUGGGUCACAAAGUAUGGCAAGCACCCUCUUCCUUUAGAGGAGGACCAUUGCACCAUAGUAGAAGUAACUGAAGAGGAAGUGAAGAACUCAGUCAAGACAAUUCCUAGUUUACCUGCUGUGAUUUUAGUGAAGGCCAUGCUGAGGAAACGGUCAUUUGCCAACCCGUAUGAGACCCAAACGAGGCGAGAGGAACGAUCUAUGUCAGCUCCAGGGGAUUUACUAAUGCACGGUUUUCAGUUAAGCCCCUCUGUGUAUUUGCAUCCAGCUUUAAGAAACCAAGGAAGCCGGGAAGGGCUUAAAGACCCAGAACUGCCCGAUGUGAAUGAAGAUGAGACAACCUCUUGAAACCCCUCGAAUCACACUGACUGAUCAUCCAGCUAGAGCUGCUGCUGUAACUAUUGUAAUCGGUGGUGUUGUCUUGCCCGCCAUGCUGUUCUCAUCAACUGGGGUUUGUGAUCUGUGGAAGAGAAAGAAGACAUAAAUAUAACUAAGCUAAGAACUAAAGCAGCAAACCUCAACCCAAGAAACGGUACACCGAAUAGCUAAUUCUUCAUACAACCUGCUGCCUGCAUUUUUUUUUUCACGAUAUAAGACAUUUUGAUGUUGUAAACUUGAUAUGUGCGUCUUCCGGCUGUGUUUCAAUGUUGUGGUAAUGUGUUUGGUCAAUUUUGCUGAAUGUUCCUUUGCUAGGAGCUGCUCGGUUAAAAGUUCUACUCCAGCUCUAAUUUAGGCAUGAGCUAUUAAGCAAUCGGAUUGCAAGCCCAGGUUGUUAUUCAACACAUUAGAAACCUUUUCACCUCUCUAACUGCUGGCUCAAGGGUGCCGUAACUUUGGCUUGUUUUGAAAUGCAACACAACAAUACAGUAGCCCUGUGGUAAGUAUUCAACUUGUUUUGCUUCGGCAUGUUGCUUAAGUUGUGCAUGGCUGUAUAGGUUGGAACAUGCCCAGUGAGGUUGCUAAAAACUAGAAAGGCUUCUGGAUUUCUCCUCCUUUAGAUAUUUCCCCCAAUUCUGAAUUGUCUGCUCAUUUCCAGAAAGACAUUCCAAAUUAAGAGAGCUAACAUGACAGUUUCCCCUGGUCUUCUGCCUUCCUUCCUUUUUGCACAUGGAAAAGGGCUAAAGCUCAAUGGGAGGACAUAGUUUUCUGUAUGCUUUUGGGUCCAAUUCCUGGAUCCAUUUUAUGGGACUGAGAAGGCCUCUUCUGUGAGAUGAUGAAUGCUCAUGCUGGCCAGAACUGACAGUACUCUGCCAGAUGAAUCAUGGUUUGACUUCACAUAAGUUAGCAUCAUAUGUUCCUUCCAAAUGAUAUCCAAAAAAGCAAAUCUGACAUUAUGUAAGUAGUGGUUAUGCCAUGUGAGGAUUCUGCUCCUAGACGACAGCUCUUUAUUCCAUAUUCUCAUAGAACUGGGUAUGUUUGGAUUAUUGAGCUAAUUUAUUUCUGCGGCAGCCACUGCAAAGGAGAAACUUGCAAAAUUUCAAUUUUCAAGUAUGAGAUAACUUGGAGCUCUGGGGAUUGAGGAAAAGGGUGGCUUUGUUUUUCCCAUUUAUUCCUGAUUCUUCUUACCUCCCUCCAUCUGAACUGAAAGCUCUUAUGAUAGGUUUCACUGGCUGUCCUGUCAGUAAACUUCAUCUUCAUCUUUCUAGUCUAAAUAUUUAGAAGAAAUUGUAGAGGGAAAAAUGGUGCAUGGGCCAUAAGUUUAUUUUGUGGAAUUGUUUAUCAGCAUACAGGAGCCUCAUCACAUAACAUCAUACAAAAAGAAUUUUGAUUCAGUCAUCCAUGUAAUCAGGAUCAAAAUUAAUGGGAUGUGGAGGGAGCUGCACCACUGUACGGGUACAUCUGUUCUAGUGGCAUAAUUAAUUGUAGAAAUGCUCAUUAAACCAGAUUCGUUCAUUCCUGUGGGUUGAAAUAAACACACAGGAUAUACAGUACAUAUAACAUGCCAUUGCAAAGUGUCAAAUUUAAUAACUGGAAUGCGUUUCUCAAAAGUUUGCCUACAGCUAUGAAUCUCAAGGUAGAAAACAUUUCCAAGGCCAUUUUCAUGUCAGAGGGCCUGUCCUUUCAGCAGAUAGUUGCCUUUCUGCCUUGAUUUGUAUAGUAUCAAAGAAUCUGUCACUGAUUUUAGAUUGAGCUGCCAAAAGACACAAUGAGAGCCAAAUGUGAGAAAGGAUAACACUUCCCUCAUCCAGGAUACAUUUACAGUAUAGCAAACCCUUUUAGUUCCCAUCAUAAUUUUAUUUCAGAAUGACAGAAUAACAGAGUUGGAAGGGACCUUGGAGCUCUUCUACUCUGACACCCUGCUCAGGCAGGAAACUCUAUCAUUUCAGACAAAUGGUUGUCCAGUCGUUCCUGCAACAAUUUUAGUCCAUCACUUGAUUUAAGAGCAAACUUUUGCAUUCUGCAUUGUAAGUCUAUAAACACACUUACUCAGAAUCAGACGCAUUAGGACUAUAGUAUGCAGGGAAAUAAGUGGUGAGGAAUUUCAUUCUCUACUGAUUAACAGGAUGUUGUACCUGGAUUCUACCACAGGGAUGAGCAACCUGCACUGGUGUUUAAAUUCUCAUUUGAAUUUAAUAUAAUAAUCUGGGCUGCAUUCAUACCAAGUUGAUUGAGACUAAAGGGGACUCUUGUUGGGAUAGAACUAAAAAUGAUGAUGCCACUAAUUCUUUCACUUUUUCACAUCUCCACCCCCAAAUCUCUUGUUUUACACCCAAUUUUCUCACUCUUCCUCCUUAUAUUCAAAUGGGGAGGAAUUUAUUACCUAACCAGCAUCCAAACUGACUGUUUACAAAGAGAAUUUGAACUUCUGAACAAGGGCUUUAUGAAAUUAUGACAAAGACUACAUGUGACAUAAGGGCUAUUGGUUGCCCAGACUAUUCUACUAAGUCUGGGAUUGUUUUCUCAGAUGCGUUUAACCUGGUAACCAAGUUAAUCCAUUUUGAGGUUUGUACAGCUCAUGAAUUAUGACCUAACAGAACAGACUGGGUUUUAUUAAAAAAUAAACAAACUUCAGCAUAUUGUGUGAAUGCACCAUUAGAUUUAAUUAACUAGGUUACAUGUACAUGUGAACACAGCUCAGCAUUUUUUGUUACGUUUUCCUGUACAAAGCAAAAAACAUUGAAGACCCUCCAAAACACUUAAAUUGCUUCUUUAUAAUUCUGCCAAUCUAAUAUCUCUCUGAGAUUUACACUCAACAUAUCACAGCUUUUACAAUGAUAAACUUAAAGCUUGGGUAUAUUUAGAAUUGGCCUCCAAAUGGUAAGAAAAUAAUGGCAGGGACUUACAAAAAGGAGAGCAGAUUCUGACCUGUUUUUGGGGCAUGUGCUUCAAUGUGUAGAAAUCCAGGUCAUUUUGAGAUAAUCCUAUUUUUAUAUGUAUGACUGAUGCUUAAAUUAAGGCAUGGAAAGAUGGCCUUUGUGUGACUUGUCUUCAUUUAUAAGUCUGUCUCAUAUUCUCAUCAGCAAAUUCAGAAUUUUUUUCCAUUAUGUUUAAUAUUUUAAGGCAUUAUGAUAGACAUUUGGGUCUGUGUACGUAGCUAAGAAAAGCAUGACAAAAUUUGGAGAUGUUCAAAAACCAAGUAUUUCUAUAAUCCCACAUAUUUGUCUAGCAACUAUGGUUAAUUUGGUAAAAAACGUAAUUUCAAAAUGAUGUCUUCGGGUACCCCUGUAAAAAAAAAAUCACAUGUUCCCAAAAUGUAUUCCAUUAUUAUGUAAAUUUUAUGAAGCAGUUGCAAUCCUUUCUCUUCCCCUCCCACAUUAAAGUUGAUUUUAACAGUUA